UUUGUUGAUUGGUUAGAGAGAAAAUUAAUGGGGCCUUUCAUCAUUCCUUUUGUUAAGGUUUGGCUAUUGUUUUUCAUUGUUGGCACCAUUUUUGGAGCAGUUAAUGGUUGGUUUAAUGCUCAUGCAACGUUCUAUGGGGCUGACCAAAGUCCCUUUUCUCUUGGGGGAGCCUGUGGAUAUGAUAACACUUUGCAUGCUGGAUUCGGAGCAAACACAGCAGCACUGAGUGGUGCACUUUUCAGAGAUGGCGAGGCUUGUGGUGCUUGCUACCAACUCAGGUGCGAUUACCGGGCCGACCCGAAGUGGUGCCUCCGUCGUGCUAGUGUCACCAUAACGGCCACCAACUUUUGUCCUUCCAACAACAACGGAGGGUGGUGCAAUCCCCCUCAUCACCAUUUCGACAUGUCAUUGCCUGCCUUCCUUCGCAUCGCUCGCCACGGGGAUGAAGGUAUUGUUCCGGUCCUUUAUCGGAGGGUGCCAUGCAAGAGGAGAGGCGGAGUCCGGUUCACCUUGAAAGGGCAAUCGAGUUUCAACAUGGUGAUGAUCACGAACGUCGGUGGCAGCGGCAACGUGAAGGCGGCAUGGAUAAGGGGGUCGAGAACCAGAACAUGGCUGCCUAUGAAUAGGAAUUGGGGUGCAAAUUGGCAAAGCAGCAUUGAUCUAAGAAACCAAAGACUGUCUUUUAAGCUCACUUUGGUGGAUGGCAAAACAUUGGAAUUUCUCAAUGUUGUCCCUUCGACGUGGAAGUUUGGCCAAACCUUUGCUUCAAUACGACAGUUCUUUUAACUAAUAUUGCCAUUAAGACAAAUUAAUGUCUUAGAAAAACCAUUAUUUUUAAAAUUGAUGGUUUUAUAAUUAAAAAAAGGGAUAAUGACAUAAUAAAUACGUCAUUAAUUUUUCCCAGAGUUUUCAUUUAACCCUUACUUGAUGUUAGCAAAAUUUAAACAUGCAGUGUUUGGGAGAACGCAAUAUGCAUAUAUUUGUAAUUUGCUUGUAUAAGAAUUUGAA